AAUCACUGCAAUGCCCGCAUGCUGGAUGUUGCUUUUGAAAGCCCCAUAGAUCCUCGGUGAAGGGAUAUGAUUCUGCUGGUUCCUUAGGCAUGUCAAGUUUGGCAGCGAAAAAAUCUUCCUUACCCUUCUCUCUAUACUUGAUAAACUGAAAACAUACAAAAGCAAUAAUCACAUUGUCAAUGAUACAUCUCCGGGGACAAAGGCGCUUUGUUUCUGUUGGCGAAAGCCUUUGAGAUGAUAUUGUAUAUGACAACACAAUGAAUUCUUUAGUUGUGGAAUGAGACUUCACCUUAGGAAUAAGAGCCGCUCCAUUAAGGAAACUAAAAAAUAUUUUAGGAAAUUGAGAUUGUUUUAACUUUUAAUUACCUUAGGACCAAUAGCAUUCUAGUGAAAAACAAUCUGAACCUGGAGCUUUGUUGGGUUGGGACCCAUUUGAUUUAGUGCAUAAGCUUUAAUUUCCUAUGGUUUAAAAGGAUGCAUAAGCUUUUCAUUCAUGGUUGGGGUGAUCUUUUCAAAAGCUUGUAUUGGGAUGAGACCCCGAGUGAAAAGAGUAGUUUAAAGUAAGCAUGGAUGCAUCCCAAUAUUACUUCCUUCUAACCCUUAAAGAUUCUUCUGCCAUUUUCAUUUUGCAGCAUCUUGAUUGUAUUUUGCUUUCUUCUAGCUGUAACUUUUAAAUGGAAAAACUUUAAGUGUUGUUAUCUCAUUCUUUUAGCCGCCAAUCCGCCCUUGACCUCUGUUUAACUAUUUUCACAUCAUCUCUUCCUAAUCCUGAUGAAUAAGCUAGACUCUCUCUUCCUCUGAUCAAGAACAAUUUUUGUGUUGGGCUUAUAUAUAUUUGAAACCCUUUGAUAAGAUUCUCAAUUCAGUGAAUUUCGCUUUUGAUAUCACCAAACUUAUUAUUUUUGCUCCAACUCUUGAGUUCAGACUUGCAACCAUCCAAUAUUGUCCCUUAUGGGUUGUCCUCCCACAUCUCUCUGGACCAUUGAGCCAACCGCCACUAUCGACCGUUCACUAUCAUUGGUUUUCGGUUGACCGUUGCGAUCACACAAUUAACCGCAUAAACGGUUCUCAAUUAACAGCCUUACAUAUAUCCAGCCUCUCUUCAAUAAACCUACCUUUUAUUAGAUCGACUAUUCUCUCAAGUAAAUGAGUAGCCCUUAAAGUUGCAGUCCAAGAGACCACAGAACUCCAAAACUUCUUUGAAUUCAGUAGCAUGUAAGGAUGUCAAUCAAACCCAUGAUCGCGGGUAACCGACCAUCCCCGACUCAGUUAACACGAGGAAUCCAUGCAUUGACCGGGUAUGGGUACGUAAAACCCGCAAAAGGGUUUAUGGGUAUGGGGCGGAUAUGAUUUAGCCUCCCUGCUCCAUACCCAUACCCACCCCAUCAAGAAUAUUUCUUCACAUAUAAAAAAUACAUGGAUCAAAGUGUAACCUAUAAAUGAUAGUGAAUGUAAGUCAAGAAAAUAAAUAGUAGCAAUGCAAUUGAACGGCCAUCCAAAUCCAAACCUUAUUCCUUUCCUUCAAUUCUCUCUUUAUUCUUUUACUUUUCCCUCUUGUUAACAAGAUAAUUAUGUUAGUUAAUUAUUACAUAAUAGAUGUAUCAGAUUUAGAAACUAAUAAUUUAGAAAAUAUUAUACUCUGUCUUAUUGAUUAAUGGAUGUUUUUAGGAUCAUAUGAUUUUAACCAUAUUGAAAAAUAAUUGUAUCUUUUUUUACUUCAUGCAUGAUAGUAGGUCUGUUUAGUGUUAUAAUUGAAAAUUCACAUGUAAGGUCUUAGGUAUAAUGAUGUUGGAUGUACGAUGCGGGUAUUACCCAUGGGUACCCGAAAAUCAUGGGUACGGGAAUGAGUUUGCAAAACCUUCCACUUUUGGGUAUGAAGCGAGUACAGAUUUGAAUAUUUGAAAGCGAGAAAAGAAAGAAGAAAAAAACAUCAUUGUGGGGAAAAGAAAGAAAAAUGUAAAAUUAAGUAAUUAAUAAAACAUAAAUAUUUACAGUUUCUGACAGAAAGACUAUCGUCGUGUCCCAGUUAGUUUCUACUUUAUAGUGGCCAUUUACUUAUGUAGGCUAAGUAGAGGUUUGAUGCAUGUAGAGCAGGUGGCUCUUUGUUUGUUUUUAGCCUCACGUACAAGUUUCUGACACUAUGGAACUUCCAUUCCUUUCCAUGCUGAUGUAUCUGUUAAGGAAUUGGAUAAAGCAUUUGAUAUUGAAGGGGAUGCAAUGCAAUAUUAUUGUCUUCUUCUUCUUCUUCUUCUUCUUCUUCUGGUUUGGUGGGAUCAUUGCAUGCAUUCACCCACCAACCAUCCGUUUUAUUUCCUUUGAUCAGUGGGUCAACAGGAUAUAUAUAAUUAACGAAACCCUAAACAUGACAAAAAUGGUGAUGUUAGUUAGUGGUUAAUUAUAUUACUGGUAAAAAAUGGUUAUGGAUAAUUGAACCGAUAAUUCUUAUCGUUAAUCGCUUGUUAUCGAUUUUGUUAAUGAUUAGUUUAGCACUUAGCUACUAACCAAUAACAACCUUUACAUAUAUGUUUAUUUUCCUAUCCUUUUUAAUAAUAUAGUACAACAAUUCAAAAUAAUUCAACUAUAAUUCUACAUUAUUAACACACAAAAAAUAUAAGUAAUAACAUAAAUAUAAUACAUCUCCAUCACGAAUUGACAAUCCAAAUCCAAAUUUGGAAAUAUAAAAUUAAAUAGAACCAAACGUACCCAUCCAAUUAGCGAGUGUCAACUACCUAGACAUCAAAUACGUACAACCACCAAUCCACCAUCACUAAGAUCAUCAUCAUUAUUCACAAAUAUCAAAGAAACAAAGACUUACUAGGGAGGGAGGCUCGCUCCGUCAACUGCAAAGGGGAACAGGAGAGAGGAGUGACUUUCGGUUCCGACUCUUUUCACAUGUACAUUUGGGACUUUAGGUGGAAAAUUAAAUGUUGUUUGCGAUAGAUGACAACUAAGAUGUUUGGAAUUCGCGAUUUUGAUUGGUCUUGAAUCUUUGAGAUUUUUACUCGUUAGCCAAAUCUCAAAACGAUGUGGUUACACUGGUACGCAGUUGUCGAUUUUCUUAUCGAUCAACCUGGUAGUAAAUGGUAUAUGAUCUAUAAUGAAUCUCUCUCAACAACUCGAGUUAUUGAGAUCAACUGGUUCUUAACUUCGUAUCAGAGUCGUCUUUGACCGAGAGGUCUUCUGUUUGAUUCCUGAUGACCGUCAUCUGUCUGUUAAGCACAUGGUGUCCGGAAUUAUGCAAACUUCAAGCCCAUAUAUAGUGGCUUUCAUUUGAGGUUAUGUGUUAGUAAAUAAUAUAUAAUCAAUAAUUGAACCUUUAUCAACAAUUCGAGUUAUUGAAACUAAUUGAUUCUUGACAUAACCACUAAACAAAAUAAUCUUACCGAUGCAUUACCAAAUACGCAAAUCUUGUGCCUUCCCCGUUCCAUCAUAUGCAUCAACGCAUGCAUACUAACGCAAAUGCAACCCCCGCCCGUAAUCACCACACAAACAUCAUUUUGCUCUUUUUCUAGUAGUAUAUAUAUUGUAAGGAUAAUUAAUUAAACCCCUCAUAACUGAACACAAUUCUUUAUUUUUUGUUAGUUAUCCUAAAUCUCAAUUACCCACGCUUAAUUUAUCAUUUCUGUUCAAAAAGAGUAUUACUACUAGUCAUCAAUAAUAAGGAAAAGAAACGUAUUUCUCCCUCCAAAAUAUCUGUCUCGUCAUCUUAUUUUUACUAGGAUUUUCCCAGCCAGCAGCUACGAAAUAAUGUGUUUGAAGGGAUCUGUCAAGAACCAGUUAUUUUCAAUAACUCGAGUUGUUGGGAGAGAUUCAAUCGUGGAUCAUAUACUGUUUACUAACAUGAUCACGAUGUUUAGUUAAUUGAAUUUAUAAGAUAGGAUAAUUUUACAAUGCUUAUUAGCUCCAUACUUCCAAGUUUAAAUUGUAUUUGUACCGCAAUAUUGAAUAUACAAGUUUAAUUUGUACCAUAAAAGAAUUUAUACGAAAAACGCAUUGACACAUAUUAAAUUAGUACCAUACGUUAAAAUACAUGUUCAGUUUUUACCAUAUUAACAUUUGUAAAAAAAAAAUGGUAAGACUGAAUUUGUAUCAUACUGUGAAAGAUACAAAUUUAAUUAGUACCAUAAAAAAAAUUGGAAACGAAGGCACCGACUUAUAAAGUAUAGUAGCAAAGCUCAUAUAAUAUUUUCCCCCGGUAAUUAAGCUCAGAUAAGAUUGCUUGAAAAAAUUGAUUGAUUGAUAAAUAAAAUAAAAUUGAAAAACUAUAUUAUAUUCAUGAGUACAAGUGAAAAAUACGUGAUUAAUGGAUAUAAUUGUAUGAAUUUAUAUUUUUUGUAUUUUAUAUAUUUUUUUUUUAGUUCGUCAAAUAAGAGAAACAACCUCAC